AAAGAUUAAAUCCUAGCAUGCCUCAGUGUUCAUCAGCUGCAAAUUCUUACCAGCAAGGCUGCGUCCGGAUGACCCUGCAGAACUCAGAGCUAUGGAAAUCCUUUCACACCAUUGGAACAGAGAUGAUAAUAACAAAACACGGAAGGAGAAUGUUUCCACACUGCAGCAUAAGCCUAUCUGGGCUUCAACCUUUUGCAAAUUAUGUUAUUAUGGUGGAUAUCGUCCCUGCAGACAACCUUAAAUACAAGUGGAAAAAGGAACAGUGGGAGGUCGCAGGAAAGUCUGAGCCCGAGCCCCCAUGUCGGACAUACAUUCACCCCGACUCCCCUGCUGUUGGAAGUCACUGGAUGAAGCAGUCGUUUUCCUUCCUCAAGAUGAAGCUCACCAACAACACCUUAGAUCAGCACGGCCACAUUAUUCUUCACUCCAUGCAUCGCUACUACCCUCGCUUUCAUGUGAUACAGGCAGACAGUCCACAUACUGUGUGCUGGGGCUCAUUUCAGACCUUCUCCUUCCCUGAGACAGUCUUUACUGCUGUUACUGCUUACCAAAACCCAAAGAUUACCAGACUGAAGAUUGAUAACAAUCCAUUCGCAAAAGGAUUUAGGGAAGGAGGAACUCAUUCUCACAGUAAAAGGUGCCGUUCAACUAAAAAUUCCCCUGCAAAAAAAUCAACAGAAGACAAAAAAAGUCUCCAUAACAGUGCAGCAGGCCUGCAGAGGACACCAUCUCCCUCUCAGUCAGAAAAUGCAGAGAAGAAUCAGAUCUCUACACAGCAGUCACUGAAGAGGAGUUACCUUUCCCAAUGGAACCUGGAUAAGGAUCUAUCAGAGAACACACAUACUGAGCUGCAGGAGUAUGACUACAGCUGUGAUGAACAGAUGGUGCCUGCAUCCAUGGCAUACCAACCUUACAGAUGUGUGGAGUACCCCAGAUUCCCAUUACCACCCAGUACCCGAGAUCAAGCAGAGACUCUCCAUCCGGCUCCAGUCUACCCAGUCUCCACGUUGGAACAUGGCACCUUGAAGCAGGAUUACCACCACGGCAACCAACAGGAGCACCAUGGCAACCUGGCUCCAGCAGACUGGAGCCAGUAUCCACUGUUUUCCUACUCCUGCUGGUGAACUUUGACCCCAUUUAGUUACCUUCUGCCCUUUUGGUUUAUUGGACACAAUUAAAUAAAAGUAAUAAAAUGAAACUUUUA